GAAGAAGAAGAAAUAGAAAUUAAGUCAAGAAUUGUUAUUCUUAAGGCGUCUUUUAUCUACAUAUGUAUCUUCUGCUAGUACUCGGAGCUGUCGAGUGAACGACUGACUUUUUUUUUGUCAAAACUUUCUGACGGUGAUGCUAACAUUAGCUUAACAGCAUGGCUGCAGCGCCCCCUGUAGAAUCAGUGGUUGUUUCUGACUGGCAUCAAUGUGAAGACAGUAAAGAAUAUUUUAGCAAGAUUCUGCACAAGAACAGACGCAGAAUUUUCGGUCUUUUGGAGUCUCCAGUGAUGCCCCCACAUGUUACCGUAGACACAGUUCACUAUAAGAUCUUCAUCUCCGGUAAGGGGGGUGUAGGGAAAACUGCUCUUGCUGCACGUCUUGCAGGCAGGAGUAUUCCCAGCAUCCACCACGAGACCACAGGUAUUGAGACUACUGCGAUUUAUUGGCCAGUGAAGCUGAGAAAAAACAGCAGAGUUCUUUUCUUCCACCUGCAACUGUGGGACUGUGGAGAGAACGCCUUACGAAGAUUUGACCACUUGCUUCCAUCCUGUAAGGAGCAGGUGGAUGCCAUCCUCCUCCUCUUCUCCUUCAGUGACAGGACAUCCUUUGAUGAUCUGUCCAAUCAAAUUGCCAAGUGGUCUGAACCGCCAUUGGAUCAAGUUGUGAAAUUGGUGGUCGGCACAAAAUUUGACUUGUUCAUGCACUGUGACGUAGCAGAGAGAGACAUAAAGGAGUUCCAGCAAACGUGGGGCUUACCGGUGCUGCAUACUGGUGGAGAAGUCAGCAACGGGAUUGAUGAUGUUGCUAGUUUCCUCAACUGCUUGGCAGAGCACCUGUGGCAUCAAGACUGUGUUUUAGCCCGAUCAACCAGACCCAAACCACAGCAAGAAACACAGGCUCUGCUUUAAUGACAGACGGGGAGGUGGAGGAAGGUGACUGCAUGGGCAUCAGGUGACACAUUGUCUGCUCUUGAGACAAGACAUCAGGGAGAGCUGGCUGUAGCUGAUGAGAUGACUGGAUUAUUCUGAUGCUGUAAUUACAGCCUUCCCAAG